AUGGUUUAUGGUGCAAGGUUGUUUUCGUCGAGAACUUAUACACUGUUGAGACAACUAUCUCGACACAAAUACAGCUAUACGUACACUAAAUCGGAUGAACCCCUCAUUCCGCUGACAAUCGGACAGUUGUUGGAGAAGCGGGCCGUCGACUCGGCCGACACUAUGGCCUGUCUUUCGAUGCAUCAGAAUAUCAGCAAAACUUACCGCCAAUUGAAUGAAGACGUUAACAAAUUGGCGAAAGGCCUGAAGAGUAUUGGCUGCGGGAAAGGCACUCGAGUAGGCAUUUGGUCACCAAAUUGCUACGAAUGGGUUGUCACACAAUAUGCCACCGCAAAGAUUGGCUCCAUAAUGGUUAGGGGACAGGGAUGUGUGAAUGUGAACCCUGGCUAUCAAGCACUUGAAAUGGAUUACUGUCUCAAUUUAGUUGGUUGUCAUACAUUGAUAUGCAAUCAAAAGUUUAAGUCAACCAACAAUUGCGAGAUAUUAGAGACUCUGGAGCCUAAUAUCCUGAAGAAUGCCAAUGGAUCCAGGGUUAAAAGCACCAAAAUCCCAACCCUUGAGAACAUAAUCGUAAUGAACGGCACGGAUGGCGAAGAGUUGGCGCCGAAAGGGAUGACUAGAUUUGACGAGUUUAUCGACCGCUUUGACGGCACCGACAGUCGGGACACGUGUUUCGAUUUCGACGAGUCGGUGAACAUUCAGUUCACUUCGGGAACCACUGGGAAGCCUAAGGGGGCGACGCUCACCCACUUUGGGAUCAUACAAAACGCCUACUUCUCGGGCAAGAGAGCACUGGAAGGGCUGACGGAUAAGAUUUUAUGCAUAUCUCCACCACUUUACCACUGUUUCGGAUCAGUUGUGGGCGGAAUAGUAGCCGCCGUUCAUAAGGGGACACUCGUACUACCGGCGCCCGUACACAACGCUACCGAAACCCUAAAGGCUAUAGAAAAAUACAAGUGCGAUGUGGUUUAUGGCACGCCUACUAUGUUUAUAGACCUGUUAAAUGCAAAUCCAUUGCAAUUUAAUACGAGUUCAUUGAAAAGAGGUUUCAUGACUGGUAGUCCCUGUCCCCGACAUUUGUUGGAAGCGUUUCUGAAAUCAGUGCCAACUUGUGAACACAUUCUCAUUCCUUACGGCACGACUGAAUGCAGUCCUGUUAUAACAUUCACAUCGAUUCACGACUCCGAGAAACACCGGUUAGAGUCAGUCGGCCGACCCUUAGAGCACUUGGAGGCGAAAAUCGUGAACACGAGCACCGGUCAGAUCACACCUAUCGGUGAGUCGGGAGAGGUGUGCACUCGUGGACACCAUGUGUUCCCCGGCUAUUNACACCGGUUAGAGUCAGUCGGCCGACCCUUAGAGCACUUGGAGGCGAAAAUCGUGAACACGAGCACCGGUCAGAUCACACCUAUCGGUGAGUCGGGAGAGGUGUGCACUCGUGGACACCAUGUGUUCCCCGGCUAUUGGGAUGAUCAGCAGAAAACUGAUGAAGCAGUUGAUAGGAACCGGUGGUACCACACGGGUGAUAUCGGGGUUAUGGAUGAGUUGGGGUUCAUAUCAAUCAACGGUAGACUUAAGGAUAUGAUUAUAAGGGGCGGCGAAAACAUAUAUCCCCGAGAAAUAGAGGACUUCCUUAUCAAACACGACGAUGUGAUUGAUGUCCAGGUCGUCGGAAUUCCCGAUGAGAGGAUGGGCGAGGAUUUGGUGGCAUUUGUUAUUAAGAAAGGCGACAGUAGUUUAGAUACCGAUUCGUUAAGGGGUUUCUGUAAGGGAAAGAUAAGUCAUUUUAAAAUACCGAAAAACAUUGAGUUUGUUGCCGACUAUCCCCGAACAGUGACCGGAAAGGUAGAGAAAUACAAACUCAAACAAAUGGCACAAAAACUGUAUUCAAAAUAA